GCGAUGCCGCCCGCGUCAACGACUGCUUCGAGUGCGGACUCAAGCAUGGUGACGAGAACUUCCUCUAUGUGCGUACUUGUCUCUGCGGCUUCGUCCAUCCUCGACCCUCCUCUCCUCCGCAGCGCAUGGGCAUGGCCGACGCAUGGGCCAUCGGUCUCCUUGCUAUUCCCCUCCAGUGUGCCGCAACCGCAGCGACUAUCGAUAUCACCCACCCCGCAUCCGUGUAUGGCCCCCGCACCUGUUCACGCUCUUGAUCCCCGCGGGCGAUGCCUAUGAGGGCGAGGCCUACCGCUGCCUCGAACGCGCCGCCUACUUCAACUUCGCGCCUACACUGUACAAGCUCGGCCACACAUAGGAGCUUGUCCAGCCACCGUUUCCGUUUGAUCUUGUCGUCCUCAACGGCACCUAGCUCGCACGGCUUAUGCGGGUCUGGUUCGCCCUCCUGGGGCAACGCGAGCUUUGCGUUAGUAUACCCUGAGCCCGAGACGAGCCGGAGCGGGAGGUUACGGGUGGGUAUAGGUUACAAGGGUUCUAUGUCUCCUGGUAACUGGUUGGCGGAGGUUGUUCCCAACCUCGCUUCAACUGACGAUUUUCUCCUCCCCGUUUGCAUCUAUACCCGCCCUCCUCCACCGUUGCCAUGCCUCUACGCACCGUCGCAAAACGAGCUCGCCUCGUUCAUGUCGAGCCAUAUACCGGAGUACUCGACGCCCGCCGCGCUCCAGUUACGCAGCGCAUCGGCCCACCACGCCUCUGUGCCGUUUGCGAACCAGUCCGGGAAGACCUACGCGUGCGAAGAGGGGUCAGAUGAAGCAAGCAGCCCUGAUGGUCAGUAUGCAGUGAGGGCGGGGGCCUUAAGGUUAGGUUAG